CUGUAUUGUUUGAUUUGGACCUUAUAGCUUUCUUUUGCCGAAGUAGGCCUGUUUUUGUUUCCUUAUUGAAGCCAAGUUUCCUUUUUUUUCUGAGCAGGUUGCUGUAUUGUUUGAUUUGGACCUUAUAUCUUUCUUUUGCCGAAGUAGGCCUGUUUUUGUUUCCUUAUUGAAGCCAAGUUUCCUUUUUUUUCUGAGCAGUGUUCCGUAUUUUCAUCAUGAAGAUAUGGAGUACACUCCUGCAAUCCUCUCCCUGAAUGCUAAGUUCCCUGGGAACUCCCAUGAUGCCCAUGUCAUUAGACAAUCAGGGAUAUGGCAAAGAUUAAGAACGAUGGAAGACCAAGACAUGUGGCUAUUGGGAGACCGUGGAUAUCCUUGCACCCCCUGGCUCAUGACUCCUUACAGUAAACCCAGGCCAGGACCACAGUCGGCAUUUAAUUCCACGCUUACUGCCACUAGACAGCUGGUGGAGCGCAUGAUUGGUGUUCUUAAAGGGCGUUUUCGUGUGCUCCACCGCACUGGUGGCGACAUCAUGUAUUCGCCGGAAAUGGGCAAGCACAACGGCAAGCAGCAGGUCGAAGGCCGCCAAUUUCUUGGCCAGACCAAUUCCCUUCUCUGCCCCCCUCCCCUUCUGUGGCCCAAUCCCCCUCCCCGCCUCCCUCCCCCUCUCUUUCCCAAUCCCCUUCUCCGCCCCCUCCCCCUCUCUUUCACAAUCCCCUUCUCCACCUCACUCCCCCUCUGUGGCCCAAUCCCCCUCUCCGUCCCCCUCCCCCUCUCUUUCACAAUCCCCUUCUUCGCCCCCCUCUCCCUCUGUGGCCCAAUCCCCCUCUCCACCCCCUUCCCCCUCUCUUUCCCAAUCCCCCUCUCUGCCCCACUCCCCCUCUCUUUCCCAAUCCCCCUCUCUGCCCCUCUCCCCCUCUGUGGCCCAAUCACCCUCUCCGCCCCCCUCCCCCACUCUUUCACAAUCCCCUUCUCCGCCCCACUCCCCCUCUCUUUCCCAAUCCCCCUCUCUGCCCCCCUCCCCCUCUGUGGCCCAACCCACCUCUCCGCCACCCUCCCCCUCUCUUUCCCAAUCCCCCUCUUUACCCCCCUCCCCCUCUGUGGCCCAACCCACCUCUCCGCCACCCUCCCUCUCUCAAUCUGACCCACCCUCUGUAACCAGCUCCCCCUUCCAUCCUCUUUCCCCCAUCCAGCCUCCUUCCCCCAUCCAGCCUCCUUCCCCCAUCCAGCCGCCAUCCCCCAUCCAGUGGCCAUCCCCACCUUCAGAAUGGGCAGCAGAGGCCCCGGAGCCGCUUCAGGGAGGUUAUCAAGUGGCAGAGGAGAAUGUUGCAGUUGGAGAUCCCACAACUUUUGCGGGCAUUCUGGACAGCAUGCGAAGGAACCUGGAAGCCUUGCUGGCUAAUGUGGACCAGCUCCAAAAAUGUAGUUAAAAAAAUGUACAUAAAAAAAAAAAGUUUGAAAAGUAAAA